AUGGACAGAGACCGGGGUUUCAACUUUAAACUGUUAGUGCCUCCUAGAGUUAAAACCGGCCAAAUAAACGCUGUUCGACCACAGGAAAUACUUGACAAUAAUGAUGAUUUCCUGAAUGCAUUACAGCAAGGUUUCAAUAAAUGUGACAAAGAACUGAACAUGCCUUCCUCCAAUACAAGUGUAAUCACAUCAUCCAAACCAACCAGACAAGACUUUGUCAAGAUGACCAUUGUGGCACCAAUGGAAAAAGAUGAGAACAACUGCAAUACUGGUGAGCUUUAUUCCAAGCUAUUUAAUGAAUUUGAGAGAAUAAAAUGUUGGAAGGUCAAGAUGGACUCUGACAUCGUUCAGAAGGAAAGGCGACUCCAAGAUAACAUAAGAACAAUUGAAACUCAGCGUAAAGCUAUUCAGGAAUUGCAGUUUGGAAACGAAAGUCUCAGCAUAAAACUAGAGGAGCAAAUCAGCGAAAAUGAAGAUUUAAGGAACAAAAACAAUGCAACAAGGAGCCUGUGUAAUAUACUCAAAGAAACGUUUCAGUGGUCGGCUGAGAAAAUGCAUUUGUUUGAAUCUGAAAGAGAAGAAACACAUCAAGUCUUCAUGGAAAAUAGUGACAGUGUCAAGAAAAUGGUUGAAGCAUUUGAAAACCUUCGUAUUCGAGUGGAAGCCGACCAACAGGAGAUGCAGAGAAAUCAACAAUUGGACCUUCUGAAGAAAUUUGAAAAUGAAAAGGAAUCCCUCCUCCAGAAACUGCAAACAGCUGAGCAGUGCUGUAAAGAAGCCGAGAAAAAAGAGGAGACCACUGCUGCAGCCCUGGAACAAAGUAGAAAAGAUUACGAACAAAUCAUUCUAAACAAAGACCUCAGUGUGCAGGAGCUCAUCACAGUUAAAAGUCAACAGACUGAGAAGCUGGAGAAGUUGCAGACAACCAUAGAAGAACUAAAGAAUUCACUUGCUUUAGAGACAGAGAGGUCCAAAGAUCUGCAAGAGGAACUCAUUGAAAACAACAUUGAGCUUCAAAUGAGAACUACAUCUUUAGAAGAGGCCACAGAACAGUCUGCAAAGAAAGAUGACCUGAUUAAAACCCUCAAAGAAGAACAGGGUAGGGUGGAGGAACUUGUGGCAGAGCUUUCAAAGAAGACAGAAGAAAUGCAGAUGUUUCAGACCAAAAUGGAUGAGCUGGAAGGAAAGUUGGCUGAUGAAAUGAAGAAAAAUAAAGACUCCACCUUACAGAUGGAGCAACUAAAACAAGACAUCAUGCUGCAGGAAGGGAAGUAUGAAGAACUGCUGUCAAACUUUAACAACUUGGAGACUGAAAAGAUGAUUAUACAAAAGGAAUUUGAAAAGGGAUUCACCAACGUUAAAGCUACGGAGGCAGUCAGAAAGGCAAGUGAGGAGAAGACAGUGAAACUCAAAAAAGAAAUUCAAACACUGGAAAGAGAGAAUCAGUGCUUACGCAACGAAGUAGAUACCAUUAGGAAUAGAGUCCAAGGGAAAUGUCAAGAAACCGAAACUCUGCAAAAGAAAAUUGAAGAAAACUGUGAGCGUUUGCAGGAAGAAAUUACAGUAAAAGAGAAACAGAUCAAAGCUAUGGAAUCAAAGAACAAAAUCCUCAAGAAACAAAUAGAAAAGGAAACUGCUAAAUCCAGUCAGCUGGAGACUAAGGUUGAGAGGCUCCAAGAGGAGUCCCAACAGCUGAAAAGUCUCAGCAAUGAAGAGAAGAAAAUGCUGAAGGAUCUUGAGUCAAAGACUGCCUUUGCAACAGAGCUUGAGAAUGAAGUACAAAAGCUGAAAUUAACGGCAGCAGAAGCCGUUAAGAGCAAAGAAGACACAGAACUCAAGUGUCAACACAAGAUAGCAGAUAUGGUUGCCCUGAUGGAGAAACAUAAGAGCCAGUAUGACCGAAUGGUUGAGGAGAAGGAUGCAGAGCUUGAUGAGAAUAAGAAGAAAAAGAUGGAAGCAGUUGCCCAUGCAAAGUCACUGGAAAACCUCAGCAGAGAGCUAACUGAUUUGAAGCAAGAAAUGUCAUCUGUGAAAAUAAGGAACUCGCAGCCUAUUCCCAGUGAGGAGAUGAAAACCCCCGGAGGUUACUCUAACAGCAUCAGUGGAGCAUCAAAGAUCAAGUCGUACAGGAUUAGGACACCCCCCUCUGACACAAAGGCAUCAAGGUGGGGGAAGACCACCAUUGAACUUGACCCCAAGUCUGAUAGCUCUGAUCAGAUUGAUCUGUUGACAUUUGCUGGUAUACAAGCACAAAGUGGUUCUGUUCCAAAGUGCAGAGUCAACAUCUUCAAAAAGAGUCCUCUCACCCUGAAAUCACCUGGAAACUCCCUGAAGCUGGCUGCUAUUAAAAGAAUGAGAGAUGCAGGUUGGACAGCUGUUACUAGCUGUGACAAGAAAAAAAAGAAGACCAACGAAAAGGUCUUUGCAUAA